AUGCUUUGUGCAAAAAAUUCAAGUAUCCACCUAUUUAUUGUGUUUGCUGCCACAAUACUGGAGGAGAAGUAUCAGAAUGAUCUAUCCACGUUCUAUAAUAUAAAAAGAACGUGUUUUAACUGGUUAGUUCUUGAAGACACAAAAAUAGGUGAUUCAACAAUGAGAAAACUUGAAGUUCACUGGUCUAAAAAAGGCAGCAAGAAUGAAUCAAGUUACAAUGUACACGCUAUGAUUCGCAAAUCAAUAAUCGUAUUCAGUAGAACACUAGAAUAUGUCAUACAGAAGAAUUCUGAUCAAAUAGCAUUCAAAGAAGUAGCUGCGUUUCUGACAAAUAAGAAUACGGGAGACUUCAAUAGACUGAAGAAGGCAGCAUUGCAAAGAAUUCAAAAACAAAAAGGUGAUUUAACUGAUGUAAUGCCUGGAUAUCUCUGGUACCAAAUAUACAAUUACAUUAAGAAUGCAGAUUUAAACAUCUGUUGUACCACAAUACAGGCAAUAAGAGAUGAAAUAUUACGAAUGGCUAGAGAUCAGCCAUCAUAUUGGGAUACCAGAGAUAUUCUCAUGGAAGUAUGCAAAAGUGGAAUAGAUGAUGGUUUUCAGGCAUAUUUCACAUUCAGGAAUGAUACAGGUGAUUAUAAAACAAGGAUAUUGGAAUUCUGUUGUAGAAAUGACACUGUUAUUAUCACAGAUGAAACUAUUGAAGAAAUCAUAAAACCAAUAUUCAAAAUAGGUGGUGGUUUAUUCAUCAAAACAUCACAAAUAUCAUCAAAUAAGACAGAUGAUAAAGUAGAUGAUGAAACAGCAAAGAAAUCAGAUGAAAAGAGUAACGUAGUGGCUGGAGCGAUUCUAUUUAUAAUUAUAAUGGCAAUGUUGAUUGGAGGAGCAUGUGCCAUAUAUUACCUGUUAAUUGGAUGUAUUAAGGUGCAUGAAAUGGAUGAAACUGAUGAAAUAUGA